AAAGCUUUUGUAUUUUGUGUGUGAGUAUUAUCUGUAGUAGUUCUUAGGAACUGUUGAAAUUUUCUCUUUUUGUUAAAUAUUUGGAAGCUACCAGCUGCUAAUGCCAAGUGUAUGCCCAUCCUGUCUCCUAAACUAGCAGGCUGAGUAUUGCUUUGCAAUUGGAUUUAGUUUUGAAUCAAUUUCUAGAAAGUGAAUUAUUUAUUCUACUUGAAAUUUGGGAAAGUGCUUUGUGUUCUUCAAGCCUUUUGGUUUGAAUUAAAUUCAUAUUGAGUACAUUUCUUAUUGCUUUGAUAGUUUGAACAGAGUUUACAAAAUAUUGCAGUGAAUAGCAAAGGCUAAAGUGAUAACUGUAGUUAUUGCCGGCAUAUCACAUCUGUGGAUUUCAUUGAUGGCCAAUGUUUUUAUAUUACUGUUUUGUUCAUUUACCUACUGGUUGCUCCAUAGAAGACUUUAUUUUCUGAAUGAAGAAAUUCAUUCGAACACUUUCUCAAAGUCAGCUCUUAGUUUCACAAAACCUUUCUGUCAUAUUAUUUUACUAGAGUCUAAAGUCAAAUAAGAAUUAUGGAAUGGAAACUUGUUUCCUUUUCCUCAGUGGGAAAAAUAAUUCUGUAUUUUUCACUCUGUGGAACAGAGAAAUUUUCAGUAACUAAAGCAGCAAAUCAAGAUUUUUACUUAAAUAAAUAUAAUGUACUAGAGGGAAUCUGCAAUAUUUGAGACAAUCAGAAUUGUUUAGAUGAACUAGAUGAUAAAUAGAAAAAAAAGAAUUUUGGGAUCUGAGAAGUUAGUAACAGCCUAGUUACUGGCUGUUAGUUAAAUGUUGAUGUGUAUGCUACCCAAGCAGUAGGUUAGGACCUGAAUUACUUUGAUUUUUGGUCAUAUCUGGAGACAAUGUGGGCAGAAGGAAGUAGGUAUUUGAAAACAAAACAAGAAAUUUUAUAAUAGCACACCUGUGGAGAAUAAAGGUAGAAGGAAGGAAGACCUACAAGGAGGUACUUGCUAAAUUACACAGUGGGAGAGCAACAGAUAGUUUCACUGUUAAAAGCUUAAAGGAGUAAUUACAGUGCUAAAAAUUGAUUGUCCUUGUUUGUGAACUUUAACAUAAUUUUCUAGUGCUUAUGAGAAUGAAAGCACUCUUCAGAAGUUGACUUUAGACUCUGUUUUUGAACUUGUUGCAUGUUUUCUGCUAUACAUAAAAGGGAUUCACAUGACUGUUUUAUGGUAGCUUAUAUGCUAACAUAAAUUACAUUAACUUUAAUCUAACAUUUGGAAAGACUGAACUGGGUACAGUGCUUGUAUUUUCUUUCAAUUACUUCGACCUGUUGUUUUAUGCACAGUUUGACAAAUUGCUGUUACUCAGACUUCGUGCUUGUAGUGACAAGGGGUCCUUGUUGAACUAGGUUUUAAUGUUAAAAAGCAAUGACAUUAGUAACUUUAUCAAUGUUAGCAUGUUAAGUUAAAAUUCACUUGAGGAUUCAAAAAUAAUUUUCUAUCACAUAAAGCUGUAUUCAGGUACAAACUUAGUAUGUCUCUCACUAGAGAACAAAAUUUGCAAUGAAUAAAAUAUAUCACUAUGAGAGCUGCCUGAAUUUGUUGGAAAUAAAUGCUUGGGGCUUCCUACUUUAUUUCUUUAGUUUUCAAUUAGUAAUGAAUUUUACUGUUUAAGUACAAGGCAGUUUGAGAAACAUUGAUCCAAAUUACCUAUGUAUCCCAGUCUUUUUUAUGGUUUUGCCCAAAAUGGUGUAAUUUAUCUGGCCACUACUCUACUAGUUUCUCUAAAUUUUUAUGCUAUCUGAUACCCUGUAGAGCUUCAUCAGUUCCCUUAGUUUUCAACAUAUGUUGCUUCUGACAUUUUGCAAAAAGUGAGAUCUAUUAAGUUUUGCCUUGUAAAACUUUUUUUUUAAAAUUUGGCUUACUUCCCUGAGCCUUAAGGGGUUGUUUCACAUAGCACAUCUUGGAAGAAAUAUUUUUAUUCUAAAAUAUAAAUAUCAACAUAAAUAAACUAUAGGUAGUGAAGCCUCCCUACCUGUCUUAGGUAGAAGAUAAUUUGCUCUUUGAAGUCACUUUUCAUUUUUGGUCAAUCUGUGACUUUCCCCUCAUGUGGCUGUAUUUGGUCUGGUUAAUCUUUUUCAAUUACUCGUAGUGUUCUGUCCUCCAUAUCCAGGAUAAUUCACCAGUCUUCCUGUGAACAGUCAAAACUAUGUAGUGCUUUCCCUUUAAGCAGAUGACAUGCCAUUUUAUUUUACUUUAAAUCAUCAUGGCUGGGCUUUGCGAACGAAGAUUUGGGAUUUCAGCAGGGUCAGCUUGGAGAGUCUUUAAAUCAACAAUCAUGUUAAAUAUGUGAAAAAAUUAAAGUGUGAAAGUAAAUAGUUAAAUCUAAAGAACAGUUAGUUUCCUAUUUAUUUAUUGGUCUCAGGGAAAAAAGAGCCAAAUGCAGAUCUAAUUCUGUGUUGUAACUGAUACAGGCUUUGCCUAAAAUGGCCCAUGGACCGAUUUUACUGGUCGUACUGGUUUCUUAUUUUAGAUAAGAUAUUUGGAAGAAAACUUCUUCAAAAGCAUGUUCUUGUGUGUUCAGUUUCCUUUUCUCAUGUGUUUCAUGCAUUUCAGCUUGGAUUAUAUAGCCAAAGACAUUUGGGUUAUAUUUCACCCUUUAGGUCUACUCAUGAUUCCUGUGUGAGAUCAUUGUAGCUGAACUGACUUUAUUCUCCUGCUGUUGUACCUCUUCCUAGGCUAUGGCUACUAAUGGGCUUUGUCCUCUUUGUUUUGCUGAACAGAAGAUCUUGUUGCAGUAAAUUCGUGGAUUUAGUUACAUUGCUAUUUGUGGACUUAAUCUCUGCUUUCCUGCUUUGAUGAUGUGACUGGAUUUCACAAGUAUUUUGAUGCCGUGAUGGAUAAACUGAGGAUGUAAUCUCCAGUCCUCAGGCAAGGGGGAUAUUUAUGGCCCAUGUUUGCACUAGGUGUUUAUCUGCACAAGGGACACUGCAGGAAACAAAAGUUGUGGACCAAAGGUGUGGCUCUCAGAACCAUAGUCCUUUGUGGAUAAAUUGCUUUAAAAAUGGUGACCCAAAAUGAGAUUUAACAAAGUGCUUGGGUCAAGUCUGAAAUACAUAGCAGUUUUUAGCACCACAUCAUGUGGUUCCCAUCUCUAAGAUUUCCUGGUUUCCUGGAAUUGCUGGCAGGCUGUGCCUUGCCAGAGUAGGGGGGCACUGGGGCUGUUCCCUCCAGACUGUCGACUUCUCCCUCUUGGCUGGGCCACUGGAAUGUGUGUGCAUGUGCGUGAUGGAUGUAAUUUGGCUCUGUAGAGAGAUAGAGAACAGUGGAACAGUGUAAGUGUUGCUGUUGAUUUAAAAAAAAAAUUCAGAUUUUGGCUAAAAGAUAAAAAAGUUACAGGUAAUGCAAUAGUGCUGUUAACAAAUAAUUAUGCUUUAUUCUGAAAGUUAUACCUGACUAAGAUAAAACUCUUUUGAGCUCUCCUAGUUAAAUCAGUAAAUUAAAAAUUAGUACAAAACAAAAAGCAGCAGUUACAUACUAAGAUAGUUCUUGGUUUUCUAGAAAAAAAAUCAUUAAGAUUUCCUUUCCAACAAUACUUCUGAAGCACAGAUAAAAUGGCUUCCUGUCCCAUGGUUUCCUGUAUCCAUGACAACCUGACUUUAAGCACUUCUUUCUUAGUUUCCUGAGCAAACUGUUGCAAGUCCUGGGUCAAAAUGUGAGUGAUACAGUAUGCAGCAAUAACGCCUUUACAAAGGUUUCACAGAUGAGUACAGUCAAUCAGCUUAUACUACAAUGAACUGCAAACGGCAAAAUAAUGGAAAUAAUGAAUUUCAGAUUUGGGCGAAGUCAGAGAUGAGUAAGAAGGCCAAUGACAGGGAUAUGUGUGUUCUGCAAAGUUCUCCACCCUGCCCAGGAGCAUUCCUGUAUAUACUUAACUGGGUUUUUUUGUUGCUGCUUCAGAAGGAGGCUUUUGGCUGUCCAUCUGCUUGUCAGCUCUGCACAGGGAGACAAGUUAGCUGUUGUAAUGCAGGGCUUUCGAGCAUCCCUUGGAACUUACCAAAAACGACAAUUCUUGUGUACCUCAGUGGAAAUAAUAUAUCACGUGUGACUCCGAAUGAACUAAGAGGGUUUCAGAAGCUUGCUGCACUCCACAUGGAUAACUCCAGUAUUCUGUAUGUACACCCAAAAGCUUUUGUGGAGCUCCCCAAACUGUGCCACUUGCAUCUCAAUAACAAUAAUAUUAAACGCCUGGAUCCAGGAAUCUUUGAAGGCCUUUCCAAUCUUCAUUGUUUAUACCUUCAGAAUAAUCAAAUAGCUUUUCUUCCCAGAGGAUUAUUUAGUGAUCUUUUUUCUGUUAGAUAUUUAUCACUUCAAAGAAAUCGUCUCAGUGUCCUUGGAAGUGGGACUUUCUUGGGUAUGAUGAGUCUCCAAACACUAAACCUAGCCAAUAAUAAGAUUUCAUGGAUAUCAGAUUCAGCAUUUCAUCAUCUUGAAAACCUUGCGUAUUUGUUUCUUGAAGGUAACAGCUUAAAACUUGUGCCAUCGAAUGCUAUUGGAAAGCUCAAAAAUCUUGAAAGACUUUCAUUGUCUCACAAUCCUAUUGGAUCAAUACAGUCUUUUGCAUUUAAAGGACUUAAUAAGCUUAGAUAUCUGUCUUUGAAAAAUGUCAGGCUAAAAUGUAUUGCUGUAAAUGGAUUUUUUGGAUUAAACAACCUUAGCCAGUUAAUCUUAAGUUAUAAUGAUUUAGAAAAUAUAAAUUCCAGCACUUUUACUGUAUUAAACAAUUUAAUGUAUCUGCAGCUAGACAGAAAUAAAAUAGCCAGUAUUGGUGAUGGUACCUUUGAAAAAAUGGGACAGUCACUUAAAAUACUCAGUUUAGCAUUUAAUAAUAUUACAGAGUUACAACCUGAAGUGCUCAAGCCUUUAGUAUCUCUAACUCACCUACAGGUAAAUUCUAAUCCUUGGAACUGCAGCUGCAAAAUGCUUCGGUUACUUAAUUGGCUGGCAUUGUCUCCCAUUUCUGUAAGAAUUCAUUGUCAGAAUCCGCAGAGUAUGCGUGGUAGACCUUUGCAUUACAUUAAGGGGACUUGGUUUUCAAACUGCAUUAGCCCUACUGCCAGCCCAGAGACUGCUUGGAGUCUGGGAUCUGUGGGUGUCCAUCACAGCGCUACCAUGUUGCUGAUGGCGUGGCAAAAAGGAAAGAGUCAGAAACUUGAGCAGUUUGUCAAUGCAGAAACUAAAUAUGUUGCUUUCUGGGAAGGAACUACAGCUACAUUAGCUACCCCUUUGCCCUAUGAAGGAAAUGCUGUUGAAAUUCCAUCACAGGCAACUACAGUAUUAUCAACAUUACCAGUGCAAAUUCCCACACAGAUUAUAUCUACUAACAGAACUGUAGAAGAACAAGAUUUAUUUCCGAAAGAUGUUGCUCCUGUGUCAUUAAAAACAUCCCUGAUUUGUGCACAAAAGGUUGAAAAGCUGAAUCAGGCUUUUGACAUUUUAUUAGCCUUUUUCAUUCUGGCUUGUGCUGUAAUCCUGUUCUUAACUUGUAAAAUUAUUCAGUUUAGGCAGAAACUAAAGGUGCUGGAAAAUUCAGGGGAAAAGAGAAUAGAAUAUUAUGGCUUUUAUCAGCCUGGCAGAUAUAACAUAACUGACCCAGUGCAGUCUCUAACUCAGAAAUCAGUGGUACAUUCAGAACUGGACCAAAUUAGGCUACUCAAACGAACAGCAUCAGAAAGUCAGGCACAGGUAAUACUGUUUGAACAUUCAGCAUUGUAAUUUAUCUCAGUUUAUUUGGUGUUAACUUUACUGUGAUAUGAAAGGUCAAGAAAUCAAGAACUCAAUUUUUUAAAAAUACCUUCACUGAUUAAAAGCAACUGCUUGAUAUGAUUGUGGAAAAUGGCACAAUUUGAGUUCUGCAUUUUUUUUUGCUUCCUGAAUGUUUUGAAAUUUAUUAUUUUAUUAUGUGUCAUUUUAAUCUGACACAUAAGUUUAUAAUCCUCUGUCCCUGUUUUUAGGAAUCUUUUACCUAAAGGUGAAGUAUACAUGCAGUAUAAAGUACAUUUUUAUUUAAUUUAAUUUGCAAUACUUAGUAUGUUCCUACAGAAAUUCCAUAGCUAACUUCAAGCUUGAAGCAAGCAAAACAUCAGUUCUUAGUAGGAUCACAAAGCUAAAGAGUCUUGGGGAAUGAGAAAAUAAAUAGUGCUUUAUGUAUGUAAUGCAGUUUUUACCCUGCCUCCUAUUAAUAAGCACAGUGGGAAAAAAAGUGAGCAUAUUUACUACUGGAAUGUUCCAACUCUCGAGGAAGAGAAUAAUUUAAAACUAGACAAAUUUUAUUAAUACCUAUAACAUAUUUUAACAUACAAAAUUGUGUAUUCAGUCUGUGUAAUAAAUAUAUUAAAGUGACUUUUUUGUUAGUGUGUAUCUGUAUUAUUUUACUAAAUACCCCAAACUGGAGUUAAGGGAACCCAAGUUUCUCUUGAAUUGAAAAAUUGAACAAGUUUAUUAUGUCUAAGGUUAUAGAACUGGUUAAUUACUUUCAAUAAAAGAUACUUUGUCAUCUAUGUAGUAAUAGUUUGAGGGACUUUUUGGCUAGAUAAGAGGUACAAAUUGAAGAAAUACGCUACACUGUAAAUACAUGAUGCUAAAUUAAUUGCUAAUUUAUUUACAUUUUUGGAAGUGUCAGGUCAAAAUACAUGGUCCUAGU